GCCGGGCGCGGCUGGAGUGGGCCGCCAUGUCCUUGCUGGCCUUCGGCACGCUGGGGUGGUGGCUUGGGGCCAUCUGCCCCUGGACGAUGCUCGGCGGAGGCAGCAGCGGCGAGGUGAGCGACGAGGUGCGGCGCAUGCGCGAGGAGUUGGAGGCGCUGAGGGCUCGGCUGCCUGCCGACGGCGACGGAGGCGACGCGGUGGCCUCAGAGGCUGCCGUGGCGGACGCGGGCGGGGCAGUCCCGCCUGGCCUCGCAGCUCCGCUCGCGGGAGGCUGGCCGCACGGGAUCCCGCCGCUGGGGCCCUCGGCUGCUGGCGGAGGCGCAGGCACCACGGCCGCUCCCGCAGGCUCAGCAGCGCUGGGCGACCUGGCGGCCUGGUGCGGCGCGGCUCCCGCCCACGGAGGGGCGGACGCAGGAUGCGGACCACCUCAGAUGCAUGCCCCGCUGACGGACGGUGGUGCGACCAAGACGGCAGCGGCACAGGUGAAGACGCUGCUGAGCGGGUUCGCCGCCGGGGCGAGGAGCGAUCCCCUGUGGGCUCAGCGCUUCUGGGCGGCGGUGGCCGACCUGGAGGCAGCGGGGGCUCUCCCCGGCGCCGUGCUGGUGACCCUCAAGGGGUACGGCUACCUGGGCCGCGAGACGGCAGGAGCGCCUCGCCUGGGCGAGCUGCUGGCCGCGCUGGAGGCCAUGAGCACAGCGGCUGUGCCCCUGGGAGGCUCGGGCGGCUUCGCCACGCCUGCCGGCGGCCUGGCCGCGUCGGGCGGUGGCAGCUGCGACAUGCGCUGGGGUGCGGCGUUGCCCCCGGACAUGCAGAGGGCGGCGCCAGAGAUCUACCGCGCCAUGCGCGCCGAGGGCAGCAGUGGAGCUCGGGACUGGCUGAGUGUUCGCUACACAGGGUCUCGCACGAGUGGCACGUGGACCGACCUGUGGACGAUGGCGACGGCGAUCGAUUUCAAGCUCAGAACCUGCCAGAGCGACGAGGAGCUGAUGCGGACCCUCGGCACGGACGAUAUGCUCGAGCUGUCCCUCCGGAGGCUGGCUUCCUUCGUCUACGAGGUGCGGAGCGGCGACAAAGCGGGUGCCGCUCACAUGCUGGGAGUGGCCCCGCCUGGAGGGCAGACCGACAUCGCUCCGACCUGGCUCGUGCAGUCGGCCUCCAGCCACAGCAAGCUGGAACACCAACGACGGGAGCGCGCCGAGGCGGAACUCCGCUCGAGGCGCAAGGCCGACAAGGGCAAAGACAAGGACGGCAAGAGGGAGAAGAAGGGCAAGGGGGGCGGUGUGUGGGUGCCGACCACGCACCCGGGCAAGGAGGCGUUCAAGGAGUUGAUGGAGGUCAUGCAGAUCUCCGAGAAGUUCUUGCCCAUCAGGUACCGCUCCAAGCUUCGAGUUUGGGAGUGGGCCAACCAGUUCCUCCGCGGGGUGAACUCGAUGUACGGAGGGGACUGUCGAGAACUCACACGCCGCCCUUUUGUUGGACCUCUGACGAUGAAGACUUGGGCGGCGAUCGAGCGCUCGCAUCGCCUAGCUUUGCGCGAGGCGAAGCGCAUGUGUCAGGCGCGCCGGGAUUUCGAUCCGACUGGCGCCCAGGCUCUGCUCGCAUUGGCGGGGCCCGCAGCGGAGGAAGAGUACGGCCAGAGCAGGAGGGUCACGCCCCACGUGACGCUGAAGGCCUGGGCCGUGGACGAGCCCGCGUCGGACAGGAAGGUCAGGAUGCUGGAGGCCCUCGACCCCGAGGAGGCGGCCUUCUACGAGCUGGAGAGCAACGUCAUGGCCGACCCGGAGACGCGGAGCCAGGUGAUCUUCAAGGAGCUGGAAACCAAGUACGGCUUCCUGGGGGGCGAGUACGACGAGUACGUGGAAUACCUGAACAGACCCGACCUGGUGAAGGGAAUGUGGAAGUUCGCAAAGGAGAACGAGAUACGAGCCGUGGCAGGGCUCACGGUUGUGCCGAAACGCUCGGGAGAUCGUCAACGCAAGAUCCUGAUGACCUGCGCCUUCAACUACAUGACGAGGGAGGUGCAGGAGCGCGAGGAGCACGGCCUUCACGGGGGAGGAGCCCUCCUGCGGUUGCACGCUGGUGGCGAUGCGAUCGCGGGGGCCGCGCUGGACGAGUCCAACGCUUUCUCCUACGUGGAGGUGCCGAGCUGGAUGUGGCCAUGGCAGGCCGCUCCCCCCGUGCUGGCGGCGGACGUGUGGGACCUCCUGGACGUCAAGCAGCAGCUGGAGGUGAUGCCGCAGGAGUGGAUCUACCCGAUGUGGACCCGCUUGGUCAUGGGCAACUCCCACUCGGUGCACGUGCUGAUGAAUAUCAACAUGAGGGUCGUGGGUAUGACGUUGCAUCACCACUUGAACAUCGGGAAGACCGAGGCUUUCGACUCAACCGAGGAGUGCCAGCUCUGCGCUGGCGGCGAGGACGAGGACUGGGUGGCGCGCCAGGCCCUGCGGCGCCAGGCGACCGCCCCGUCCGUCGGUUACGGAGUGCAGGAGUGGUGCAGCGCAGUGCGGGCGGCGAAGGCGUCUCGCCGACGCGUGUUCGUGGUGCUACACCUCUUCUCGGGCCCACGGCGCGCAGGCGACCUGGAGGAGCACCUGACCGAGCUGGGCAGGGACGAGGACCUGGAGAUCCUCGUGCUGUCGUGCGACCUCGGGUUCGACUCGCGCUGGGACCUGACCAAGCAGGACACCUUCGACCUCCUCAUGACGCUGAUCGAGGAGGGUUUGGUGGACGCGGUGGUCGGAGGCCCACCCUGUGCCACGUGGAGCCGCGCCCGCUUCGUCGACAUGGCGGGCGGACGAGGGCCGCGCCCCCUCAGGCGGCGAGGGAUGUGGGCUUGGGGAGUCCCAGCCCACACGUUGACCGCCUACGAGAAGCAGCGCCUGGACGAGGGCAACGUGGCCAUGCUGAACUUCCUGUCCUUCUGCGAGGCCGUGGCGCUUCGCGGAGGACUCUGGCUCAUGGAGCAUCCCGAGGACCCAGGGGAGGAUCCUUUCCCGUCGGUGUGGGCGACGGACUUGGAGCGAGCGCUGGAGGAGAGAACGGGGGCUACGAGAGCAGUCUUCGACCAGUGCACCUACGGCAGCCCCACCCGGAAGCCCACGUGUCUCGCCGGCAACUUAUACCACCUGGAGAUGCUCGACGGCCGCCGCUGUCGAGGAGACCACCGCCACGAAGUGAGCGUUGGGAAGCAAAACGGGAAGUUUGUUUCGGCCCGCCUGGCCGCCUACCCCGACAGGCUCUGCUGUGCGAUUGCCGGCCUCUUUGUGAUGAACUUCAAGAGGAUGCUGGCAGAAGGGAGCGGCCCUACGGGGCAUUUGAGAGCAGACAUCGCGGUCCGACGCAUAGGAGACUACUCGAGACGGACAGCUGGAGCCAACUCCAAAGGCCUACUGGUGUUGAACGAGGUUUCGGCGAGGGGCAGGAACGCGAUCCUGCGAGAGGCGGACGUCGGCAUCUACUUGCACAUCGACGACUGCCUGUUCAUGUCCCAGCUGAAGGAGCGGCCCGAGUCGGAGUUGGAGUGCGACGUGGCCCUCCACAAGUCCGCCGAGGCGCUGGAGAGGAUCGGUUUCCUGGUCAAGGACCGUCGGAGGAGGGGCGAGAUGACCAAGAUCAUCGGUUACGAGCUGGAGGAGAGACCGGCGAGGGUGCGGGUCCCUGCCGCGAAGGCCCUCCUGCUCUACCGCGCCCUGGAGCACCUCACCCGCCAGCACGUGGUGAACCUAGACAGCCUGAGGUCCGUCAUCGGCGUCUGGAUCUGGGCGGCGCUCGUGGCCAGACACUGGCUGGCCGCCCCCCAGCACAUCUUCGCCUUCGCCGCACUCGAGGGCCCGAGACGACGCCGGUGGUGGAGCUCGGCUCGACGGGAGGCAGUGGCCAUGAUGAGGGGGGUGAUGGGCCUCUACGCCGACUUGGGCGCGCCCUUCUACCCCGUCACCCUCGCGACGGACGCGGAGGGCGACAACGCGGUGGACGCGGGCGGCUUCGGAGUGGUCGGCGCCCUGCUUCCCGCGGAGGUCCAGGAGGCCAUGUGGGAGGCGGGCCUCAGACCAGGGAAGGCGCUGCUGCGCAACGGCCAGAUCGAGAAGGUGGUCAAGCGCGGCGUCCGCACCUUGAAGGCUUUCACUCCUGUGAGUGCGAUCCCCGCCGAGGCGCUGAGCUCAGACAUCGAGUGGACCGAGCUGCUGGCCGGGAGGUGGAGGUUUGCCGACCACAUCACCCUGGGCGAGGCUCGAGCCGCACUAGCGCCGCUGGAAAGGCUAGCCUGGGCGAGCCACGCCCACCGCACCAAAGUGAUGAAUAUGGAAGACAACAUGGUAACUGCUUGGGCGUUCGCCAAGGGGAGGUCGACCUCUGGAGGCCUCAACUACGUACUACGGAAGCGAGCGGCGCUCUCGGCCAUCACAGACAUACGGCAGCACCUACCGUGGGUGGACACGGAGAGGCAGCCCGCCGAUCAGCUCUCACGAUCGAGACCAUGUUUCGACGCUUUCUCGAAGGAGCCCAGGCCCGAGGGGCCGCCAGCAGCCGCAGUCGACCCCCACCUGGAGGGCAGGGUCACCGCGAAGACGCUGGACCACUAUAAACUUGCAGCCGCCCGCCUGGUGUCGUGGUGCCAGCUGCACCACGCGUCUCCGUGGACACCGGACGAGUGGGACGACACGCUGAUUGAAUUCAAACAUAGCCUACGCGAGGAGCUGACGAGGGCGCAGUUCAUCACCACCGUCAGCGCGCUGGAGUUCCGUUUCCCGAGGCUGAAGGGCAAGCUGGCCUGCGCGCACGCCGCCAUCAGAGGAUGGACGAUCCUGAACCCUGUCAGGCACACCGUCCCCAUGACGUCGAGACCGAGCAGGUGGAUGGCAGUACAGAUCGCCAGCCGAGGACGGCCGCGCCUGGGCGCAGGCGUCGCGCUCCAGGCCCACGUGGGCCUGCGGCCGUCCGAGAUGCUGGGGCUCACGGUGGACGACCUGACUUUCCCAGAGGACGGCGGCUACCAUCAGAGUGAGGGGGCCCUCGUGAUCGGGCUCGGCCUCAAGACCGGUACCAAGGCCAAGCGGGCCCAGGCUGUGGCGCUCCGCUUGCCAAAAGAUGCCGUCUUCUUUCGCAUCCUUCGUCACCUCCGCUCGAUUACGCCUGCUGGCCAACGCCUUUUCCCGUACCCCAUGGAGGUCUAUCGGAGGGAGCUCAUGGAGAUCCAGAAGGGGUACGGGCUCGACACAAGGGGCCAGUUCGAGGGGCUCACGAUCAUCGCCAGCCUCCUGGCGCCCGUCCCGCAGCUGCCCUGUGGGGCCUCCUGGCGGGCGGAGACGCCGCCAGCCGCCGCGGCGCCGCCUGGGGCCGCGGCCGGGGGGGUCGCGUCCGUGCAGCUGGCCGCGCCAGUGGAGCAGCCCGCCACCGUGCCGCGAGGGAGCGUGGCCGUGCCUAGGGCACCGCCACGCCGCCGCGGCUGGGCGAACUGGCUGGGUGGCCUAGCCGCCGCACGCGCGGCGUCUUCGAGGCACCUGAUGAUGCUGCUCGCCGUCCUGGCGGUCCUCCCCGCGGCCCUCUUUCCGACGGCGACGAGGGCGGUGCGCGCGGCCACCGACCUUGUGGAGGGCGUGGGAGGAGCCGCCAGCGGGGUGCUCGCGUCGGGCGCCAACGUGACCGACUCGGCGGCCAAGUUCGUGGCGGCCAUCACGGAUGGCUCCCUCUCCUUGGGCGAGACGGCGUGGCGCGGCUACGACCUGUUGAACGUAUCGGCCACCUGCAAGUCAGGGCGCCUCUUCCUCGACUCGGGAGAGGACAUCGAGGCGCUCGUGCUCAGCGAGAAGGGAAGCAACAUCCUGCAGCUCCCCGCCGAGUGGACCCAGGAGCUGGUGACGGCCAUACGUGUCGUGGCGCCUGGGCGCCCCGUGGUGGACAGUGACUACCAGAAGUUUCACCCGAAUGGCGACUUCCAGUCGCUUAGCAUUCAGGUCCGCUGGUUGAGGACGGGCCACGUGGCUCUAGCCUGGCGCGCGGCGAACGUGACUUUCCGACCCCGCUGGGCGAAUCCGACCUGGGCGCUGAUGGGCUACGACUUCGGACCUCAGGCUCCAGAGAUAGGGCGGACGCUACAAUCCCUCGUGCAAGACACGAUGGCGCCGCCCAACCUGAGCCUGUCAAUCGCGGACAUCGAAGAUGCCCCAGGCAUGCCUUCUGCCACGUGGCCCUGGUUUUUGCGAUGGCUGGGACGCCAGCUCCGCUACCUGGCCAUCGGCAUAGAAGAGCGCUG